AUGGUGGGAUUCGAGCCCCUGAGGCUCGGGCUGGCGAGACACUUGGAGAGAAAAGCUGGGUCCCAGAUUUUGAGGCCUGGGGAGACCCAAACCUAUCCUGCGGGUGCUCAGCAGCAUGCAGAUAACGGAAAGGGUUCCUUACAACGGCCUGUGAGCGAGGGGCAGCCUCACGGAGUCGUCUGCUGGAGGGAGGUGCUGCUGGGGUGGGGUUGGGUGUGGCUUCUGCGUGCCAGCAGUGGCUGCCCCGCCGAGGGCACCUCCAUCUGGAAGCUCCAGCCAGUCGCAGUGCAGUCCACAGGUUCCAGAUGGGGCUGUGGGGGCAGAGUGAGGGCGGGAAGCCUCCCGGGGGUCAAAUUAAGAGAAGGUCCCUGUUCCGGGGACCCCAGGGCGAGGUUUCCAGGCAGAGGGAAGCCCGGGGCGGGUUGUCGUGGGGCUGUCGGAGUCUCUAGCUGGAGUUACUGGGGCAGGGAGGUCGGAAACGGAGGCGAACCGGGCCCUUUUAGAGUCCCCAGCUCUGCAGCAGCCUUGGGGAGACUGAGGCCCAGUGAGGGCCCACGGGCUGACCGGGACCCCCGCUGUUCACUGUGGCUGCCCCAAGCGCAGGUCUCGGCCGGAGAAGCCUACCUGGUGCACAUAGACCGGCUCUAUUCCCGCUCCGACUUCAACAACUACGUGGCUGCCCUGUACAAGGUGCUGGGGACCUUCCUGUUCGGGGCGGCCAUGAGUCAGUCUCUGACUGACCUGGCCAAGUACACGAUCGGCCGCCUGCGCCCCAACUUCCUAGCCAUCUGUGACCCCGAGUGGAGCCGGGUCAACUGCUCGGUCUACGUGCAGCUGGAGAGGGUUUGCAAGGGAAACGCUGCUGACGUCACCGAGGCCAGGUGGGUGUGGACGAGCAGCCUUCACUCUGGGGGGCAGUGGGAGCUGAAGAAGCCCCAGAAGCCAGAUGGUGUGGAGCCAGCAGGCAGGUGGUCAGGCAGGAGUGAGGCCUCAGGGCUCCAGGUGCCUCGCAGACAGCAGGAGGCUGGGGGGAGCAUGCUUUGUCUGCCCUGAGUCUCAGCCCUGCCCUC